AUGCAAGAAGAACAUCGCCAUCCCCAUAAUUUGGGCUCACAACAAGUGACACAUGGUACGGUGGAACAUCAUGAUGAUCAUGAGAAGAAGUCAGUUCUCAAGAAAGUGAAGGCAAAGGCUAAGAAAAUUAAGGACACAAUCACCAAGCAUGGUCAUCAUGAUGAUCAUGAACAAGGUCAUGGUCAUGAUCAAUAUCAUUAUGAAAAUCAACAUAUCCCUGAUGACCAUGACUUGGAUGAAGAAGAUGAUGUUCAUGACCCAGAAAUCCAUGGUGCACCAAUUUAUGACAGUGCUAAAGUUAGAAAUGUGACACCAACUGGCAAAGUAAAAAAUUCAGGUCAAGGAGUGAAUUUUGGAAGCACAACUAUUAUGGGAGAAGAACAUCAUCAUCAUAAUGAGCCAAGAGUAGUAGUUGUUAAAUCAGCUACUGAAAAUAUUAAUCAAAGUAGAAUCAAUGAGCCAUCUAGAACAUUUGUUAGGGAAGAGAGAACAAUGGUGCAACCUAAGGUUAAUUUGGAGGAAGAUCCUCAUGCACCAGGAAGUAGAUUUCAAGCAUAUGCUCCAGCUAAUUAUCAAACCAAAGUCACUGAUCCAACUGGGAUAGGUGCUGCAGAAAUGGACAUUACUCCAAUUCAAAAAUCUAUUGACAGAAUGACUGUAUACAAUGAACCAAUACCAACCCAACAACCAAAAACUCUUUCAACUAUUUCUGAAACACAACAACACCCUUCCCCUUCUCUAGGAAUCCACCACCAAUUUUCUCCAGAAAUUUCUGCACCAACCAAAACACCUUAUCCAUCAUCAACCAUAACACAUCACCAAAAUUUACCACAACAAUCACCUGAAAUCAAAACUCAAUACCCUAAAAGCCAUGAUCAAUUCACACCUGUUUUUUCUACUUCAACACAAACUCAACACCCUACUACUCAUGACCAAAACUUGCCACAUUUUUCUAGUGGAACAAGAACUCAAUACCCUUCAGCUACAACCCAUGAUCAUGUUACACCGUCGUUACUACCGACUGAACAUAAACCUCAAUUUUCCAAUGCAACAAAAACUACUUCAAAUUUACUACCAACUGAGCCUAAACCUUAUCACUCUUCUACUAUAAGUCAUGACACAUAUCUGCCACCAUCUUCCGGCGGCACAUUUCUCCCAGGUGCGACAGAAUCUAGAUACCCUUUUGCUGGUAGCCAUGAUCAGUUUAAAACAAAUUUGCUACCAACUGAGGCUAAACCACAUCUCUCUUCUGCCACAAUCCAUGAUCAAUAUGCGGCACCGUAUUCUAGUGCAACUGAGCCUAAUCUUCAGCACCAAUCAGUUACAAGUUUGCCGCAACAUUCAAGUGCAAUGAAAACUCAGUAUCCAUCUGCUGGAAGCCAUCUACCAACUGAACACCAUUCUGCUACAAGUCAUGGCCAAUAUAUGCCACAGCAUUCAGGUGGAAUGAAAACUCAAUACCCUUCAGCUGGAAGCCAUGAUCAGUUUACACCAGAGUUUUCUACCAACAACAGAAACAUCACAGUUGAGGAACAACCUCAGCUACACCAUGAAUCAAUGAAGAACUCAUCAAACCAAAGCAACAACAGUUACACAGACAAAAUCUACUCUGCAACUUCUGCAAUCGCCGACAAAGCUGCAGAUGCAAAAAAUGCAGUCGCCUCGAAGCUGGGUUAUGGUGAAAAAGGAGAAACAACAACUGGCGAAGAAGCACCGUUGAACCAGAGCAGUUACACAGAUAAAAUCUACUCUGCAACUUCUGCAGUGACUGGCACAGCCGCUGCUGCUAAAAAUGCAGUUGCUUCGAAGCUUGGAUACGGUGAAAAAGGUGAAACCACCACAACCAAUGAAGCACCGUCUGACCAGAGCAGUUACACAGACAAAAUCUACUCUGCAGCUUCUGCAGUCACUGACAAAGCCGCCGGUGCUAAAAACGCAGUUGCUUCGAAGCUUGGAUAUGGCGAAACACCAUCAAACCAGAGUAGCUACUCAUCUGCAACAUCUGCAGUAGCACCAUCGAACCAAAGUAGUUAUACAGAGAAAAUCUCAUCAGCAACUUCUGCAAUAGCUGAUAAAGCUGCAUCUGCUAAAAACACAGUAGCCUCAAAGCUCGGCUUUGGCGAGAAGAAUGAGACCGAAACAAACUAUGAAGAGAACAACAACAACAAUGAGAAAAACGUUUCUUCUUCUUCAGUGUCACCUGCAGAAUAUGGAAAGAAAAUUGCAGUUUCCUUGACAGAGAAGUUAGCUCCGGUAUACGGAAAAUUUGCUGGUGUAGGAACUGAAAGAGAAACUGGGGGUGUAGAACAGGAUAAAGGGGUAUCAAUGAAAGAGUAUAUAGCUGAAAAAUUAAGACCUGGUGAAGAUGAUAGAGCACUAUCUGAUGCAAUUUCUGAGAGUUUAUAUAAGAAAAGUGUAGAUGAGUCUGUGGAAGAGGUUUAUCAUAAUGAUGAAGGUAGUAGAGAUGUGAGGAAAGUGGUUUCUGAUGCUGUGCAUAAGAGAGGUGAUGAUGAGGGAAGGAAAAUGGAGAGGCCAAGAGGGAAAGUGACUGAGAGUGAAGAGGUGAAGAGAAGAUUAGGGGGGUGGGAUGAGGAAGUGAAAGAAGGUGACUUUGGGAAGGGUAUGGUUGAUAUGGUUAAGGGUGUUGUUGGAUCUUGGUUUGAAAAACCAGAGGAGAAUGAAUCUACUCAAGGAACAGGAGAUUUGUCUAAGAACACUAGUGGAGAGGUUAGACAGGUUCAUCAAACUGCAGGUGAAAGAAGACUACAUGAGUCAACGAAUUGA